UUGUAGGUGAUAUAGUCCGAUCGGAAUAUAAGUGAAACGGAAUUCAAACAGCGAGCACUGUUUCAUUAAAAUCGUUCAAACAAUGGUUCUUCAGAAUGAUACAGAGCACUGGCUUUAUAUUAUUUGUGCUAGCAAUUAGAUCUUCUGCCAACUGGACAGUGGGAGUGAUAUACCAGAGUGACAAGUGGACUGACUUGGGUAAACCAUUAAAUAAUGGAAAGGUCACUGCCGUUCAGGAAUACCUAUUGCAUCAAGUCGACAAUUCGGACGCUUUUUCAAUGUAUCAGAAAGUUUCCAACUUUUCCGAGAGUGGUGUGAUUGGAAUCGUCGCUUUCACAUCUUGCCCCACUGCUGCAGUUCUACAGGAACAAAUCGCAUCAACGAACCUUCCAUUAAUAACCAUUGAUAAUGAAGUCUGUCCACAAACCUAUGACGGCCACCAUCAUCUGUCCGUGCUUCCAAACUGUCAUAGUCAAAACACACAAUUCAUCGACAUAGUUCUACACAUGAAGUGGGAGCAUGUCAAUGUCAUUUACGACUCAACAAGCUCCUAUUGCGUUCAAGAACUCAUCGUGUUAUUGACAAAAAAGAAUGUUUCCAGCAACGCCAUAUUUCUUCAUGAAGGACAACAUCUAACGCUGGAAAUAUUCCCAGAGCUAUAUUUGGAGGAAGUUAUCUAUGUAGCUACAGACAAAGAACGGACGCUGGGCAUUGUGUCCGAGGCAAUGACAUUAGAUAUGUUCAACAGGAGUUUCUUCUGGGUUCUGAAUUUAGACCCAUACGCGUUGUGGAACAGCAGUUUGUAUAAGCCUGUCCAUGAAGGCUGUGUUCUUCUGAUAUCUUCCGGUCUUCAACAGAACGAAACGACGGCGGCGGAUUUGUUGUCGGAAGCCCUAUCAAUAUUUCAGCGAGGAUUAGAUUCUAUCGGUGAUGGACGAAAUAUCACAGACUUAACAUUUCUUCGCUAUAACCUCAAGCAAUACAUGAUGGGAUCCUCAGACGAAACCGGAUUAAUAGGCAAGGAAUCGCAAAUUCGGGUUUUCAGUUCAACCAAAGAUUACGAGACUCCGUUUGAAGAAGUUGCAGGGUAUUCACAAGAUACUCGUAACUUUAAUGUAGCUGACGAUCGCCUUUACAAAUGUAUUUUCAAAGACUUUGGCAAUAAGACGCUAAAGGUCGUUUCUGUCGAGGGAAAACCUUUCCAAAUGCGAGUGGAUAAAGGCAAUGGGAGUUUCUACUAUUAUGGGUUUACAUACGACCUGUUGAAUGAAUUCGCCAAGCAGUUUAACUUCAGAUACGAGUUCCUAGAUUCAGUAGAUGGUCUCUAUGGCAUAACUACAGAUGAUAACGAAAGUGCUUCAGGGAUGAUAGGAAUGAUCAUGAGAGGGGAGGCUGAUAUAGCUGUCGGUGGAUUUACAAUAACAGCAGACAGAAGAAAAGUUGUAGACUUUCUCUAUCCCUUCCAAGAAGACGGGAUCGGUAUUAUAAUGCGAAAGGUUGACAACGAGGCUAAUAAGAUGUUUCGGGUCUUCAGUUCGCUUGGUACCGACUCUUGGCUUGCAACCGGAGCAGCUGCAUUUGUUGCUGCAAUAGUGUUGUCAAUUAUAGUGAAGCUUAGUCCGUUUAGUAAGGGACUUCAAAACAAAGUAUCUGCAAGCUUUUGGUUGGUUUUCUCGGCUUUUCUGCAACAAGGUGAAGAAAAAUCUUCCAAGUCUGCCCCCGCUCGGCUGGUGAUAGGAUUCUGGUGGAUCUUUACAAUUAUAGUGAUGUCUCUGUAUACGGCAAACCUUGCUGCCUUUCUGACAGUAUCCCUGGCAAAGGCACCAAUAAAGAACUUGGAGGAACUUGCAGCUCAAUCUGUUUACAAACCGUUAAUCAAGAACGGUAGCAAUCUUCACACGUUAUUCGAGAAAGCUGAAGGAGGAAUCUAUAAGAAGAUUUGGGACAUGAUGAGAGAUGUGCCUAAAAUAAUAUCUCCCGAUGAAGGGUAUGAGAUGAUCGUCAAAGGUAACUAUGCUUACAUGACUGAUGAAUCGGAAGCCAGAUUCAAAGCUAUGAAAGACUGCAAGAAUCUAGAAAUGGCGGAUGAAACGUUCCAUAAAGCAGAGCUCUCGUUCGUUAUAAGGAAAAACGCAGAGUUUAAAGAGGCUUUCAAUAAACACAUGCUCAAAAUGGUGCAAAAUGGCAUAGUGGAUAAAUACAAGAAGAUAUGGUGGGAUAAACAUUCUUGUCACUCGGCAAAUACUGCCACUGAACUGGAAUUUAAAAGUACAAGUGGAAUAUUCAUUGUGUAUAGUGGAUUUAUAUUUAUUUCGGUCAUCUGUUGUCUAGUAGAGCUGUAUCUUCGAGGCCGAAAAUACCCAAAGAACAGAGUUAGUUCUAGUAAACAGAGUCUCGAAGAUAUUUCUGUCAUAAUGGUUGAUUAUUGAGCUAUGAAAACCCAGAAACUUCUAAGAACUUUUCAACCCGGUCAGUCUUUCAAAUUCGUUGCUUAAACUAGAGAGGAUGAAUUGAUUUCUUGACCUUCAGCAACGUCCUGUAUUUCAUCGUUACAUACCUUGUAUUAUUGUGGCAUCCACGUGGAUCAAUUUCGGAAUCGCGUUUAUAGACUUCGUGAUGUCAAAGUUGCUAAUUUUGAGAAGAUUUUCCAUUCAAACUUUAUUUUAUUACUUAUAUUUAUUGAAACACCAUGUGACGUUGCGUAUUUUUUAUAUGGUUUUUGACGUUUCAGGACAAUAAGCAGCAACAUUUACAAGUGCAUCAACAAAUGUCGUCUAAUUGGAUAAUUAAUCACUCAUGAAAUAAAGUGACCUUUA